CUCGGCAGACGGCGGGCGUCUCAGUCUGUGGCCGGCGGCGGCGGCGGCGCCGGGGAAACUGAGGCAGUCGCGGCGGCCGGAAGCGGACAAUGAGGCGGGAGGAGCCCGCCGGCGGAAACUCGCCCGCCAUGAAGCCCCACGCAGACGGCGCAGGAGACGUCCUGGACACGUCGUCCCCCUGCUCCAUGGUGAAUCACCUGAGGUGGGAUCUGACUGCCCAGCAGAUAGAAGCGCUCACCCGGGAGCUCAUCGAGAAGACCAAGGUCGUGUACGACCAGGUGGGCGCCCAGAAGUUUGAGGACGUGUCCUACGAGAGCACCCUCAAGGCCCUGGCCGACGUGGAGGUAUCCUACACAGUUCAGAGGAAUAUCCUCGACUUCCCCCAGCACGUUUCUCCAUCCAGAGACAUCCGGACGGCCAGCACGGAGGCCGACAAAAAGCUCUCCGAGUUCGACGUGGAGAUGAGCAUGCGGCAGGACGUGUACCAGAGGAUCGUCUGGCUGCAGGAAAAGGUCCAGAAGGACUCGCUGAGGCCGGAGGCAAAGCGGUACUUGGAGCGGCUGAUCAAGCUGGGCAGGAGGAACGGGCUCCACCUCCCCGAGGAAACACAAGAAAAAAUCAAAGGCAUCAAGAAGAAGCUGAGCCUCCUGUGCAUCGACUUCAACAAGAACCUGAACGAGGACACGACUUUCCUGCCGUUCACGCGCGAGGAGCUGGGGGGGCUCCCCGAGGACUUUCUGAACUCCCUGGAGAAGACCGAGGACGACAAGUUGAAAGUCACCCUCAAGUACCCGCACUAUUUCCCGCUUCUGAAGAAGUGCCACGUGCCCGAGACGAGGAGGAAGGUGGAAGAGGCGUUCAACUGCCGGUGCAAGGAGGAGAACUGUGAGAUCCUGAAGGAGCUGGUGAGCCUCCGGGCCCAGAAGUCUGGCCUGCUGGGGUUCCGCACGCACGCUGACUACGUCCUGGAGAUGAACAUGGCCAAGACCAGCCAGGUCGUGGCCACCUUCCUGGACGAGCUGGCCCGGAAGCUGAAGCCCCUCGGGGAGCAGGAGCGGGCGGUGAUCCUGGAGCUGAAGAAGGCCGAGUGCGAAAAGCGGGGCCUGCAGUUCGACGCCCGGAUCCACGCCUGGGACAUGCGCUACUACAUGAACCAGGUGGAGGAGACGCGCUACAGCGUGGACCAGAACCUGCUCAAGGAGUUCUUUCCCAUGCACGUGGUCACGCAGGGACUGCUGGCCAUCUACCAGGACCUCCUGGGGCUGGCCUUCGAGCUGGAGGAGGGCGCCGCGGCCUGGCACGAGGACGUGACGCUGUACUCCGCCAGGGACACGGCCUCGGGGAAGGUGAUCGGGAAGUUCUACCUGGACCUCUACCCACGGGAAGGGAAGUACGGGCACGCGGCCUGCUUUGGCCUGCAGCCGGGCUGCCUCCAGCAGGACGGCAGCCGCCAGAUCGCCAUCGCCGCCAUGGUGGCCAACUUCACCAAGCCCACGCCCGACGCCCCGUCCCUGCUCCAGCACGACGAGGUGGAGACGUACUUUCACGAGUUUGGGCAUGUCAUGCACCAGCUCUGCUCACAGGCCGAGUUCGCCAUGUUCAGCGGGACCCACGUGGAGCGCGACUUUGUGGAGGCGCCAUCGCAGAUGCUGGAGAACUGGGUGUGGGAGAAGGAGCCCCUGCUGCGGAUGUCGCGGCACUACAGGACGGGCAGCCCCAUCCCCCAGGAGCUGCUCGAGAAGCUGCUCAGGUCCCGGCAGGCCAACACAGGCCUCUUCAACCUGCGCCAGAUCGUGCUCGCCAAGGUGGACCAGGCCCUGCACACACAGCCGGACGUGGACCCAGCCGCGGAGUACGCUCGGCUCUGCCAGGAGAUCCUCGGUGUCCCGGCCACACCAGGCACCAACAUGCCUGCCACCUUCGGGCACCUGGCGGGGGGCUACGACGCCCAGUACUACGGCUACCUGUGGAGCGAGGUCUACUCGAUGGACAUGUUCCACACGCGCUUUCGGCAGGAGGGCGUCCUCAGUGGGCAGGUCGGCAUGGCCUACAGAAGGUGCAUCCUGCGACCUGGCGGCUCUGAGGACGCCAGUGCCAUGCUGAAGCUCUUCCUGGGCCGCGACCCCAAGCAGGACGCCUUCCUCCUGAGCAAGGGGCUGCCGGUGGAGGGUGGUGAGCCGGGGGCCUGCUGACGGCACCCUGGGCUCUCCUGAGCCCCCACCAGGCAGCCCCCUUCAGGGCCAAGCAGCUCAGACCGCCGCCCCCCGCCUUCCCGGUGCCUUAGCUCCCAGGCUGGAAACAGGGUGGCUCCCCCACAGCAGUCCCAGGCAGGGGUGGCGAGGGGCGAGAGGGGCUGUUUGUUUUCUCUUCGGUUUUCACAGCCAGCCUCCGAAAGCCCCCUCGCUGGCCAGUGUGGGUUGACGAGAGCACGUCCUGUGGACGCCGGACACUCGCAUCUCCCACAUUCUCUCGAGACUUGUCUCUGCUGCCCCUCCCCACCCCAGGGCUCCCCUGGUUAGGAGAAGGGUCCCCUUUUGGAUGCAGCCACUAGAGAGGGGGCCUCCCGGCCUAAUACGGGGCGGGAGUCACAUUUUGGUGUUUCUAUUAAACCUCGCUUUUGACAGAGCCCGUGGGCAGGUGACCUGUUACAGCGCCCGGUGACACGCUCUCCGUGUGUGGGCACUCCACACUGGCUGUGUCCGGGUUGUGGGGAGACGGAGAUGCUUUUGAAGCAGGUGACCCCAGAGGGUGGUGGAGUCUGGAGUGUCCCCUUGUCUGUGUGACCAGCCGGGGCCCGGGGUUGUUUACCCGGGUGUCUGCUCCUUUUCCUAAUUCCUCUCCUGGCUUAUCUGGAAAAUCCCUCCCGGCUCCCUGCCCAGCUCUGGCUGACUGUGGGCUCAGGUCUUGACAGUCUGGAGGGCCCGGGGCUGCAGCCAGCGGACAAGAGCCACCCCACACGCCCGGGGCGACCGUUUUCCUCCCAAGGGUCUUGUCCACCAGGGAAACCUGCCUCACUCUGGGUUCGUGGAUUUUGACUUGACGUGAGCGAGUUCUCAGCAGUGCUGGUGGAGGCACCUCCGAGCCUUUCCGGCCGACGUGACCUUGCAGACUUGAAGCCAGACGUGUGUGACUGCCGCCUCCGUGGCGACGUCCUGCCCUUGGGGAAGGGCAGCCCUCCUGGGUCCUCAGGUGACCACUUCUCAGAAAAACCUUAGUGGCAUUUCCUGGUUGUGGCAGAAGACAGGAGCAUGGGAUGAUGGAUGCGCCCCAGUUGUUGAGUGGGUCUGACUGGACCUGUGUUUUCUUCGGUGGCUUUGAGCUCCCCUGUCCUCAGCCUAUUGCAUCGGGGACUCGGUGGCUGCGGCACCUGGGGCCCAUCUCGGGCUCCCCCACUCUCCCCCACCCCGGCUCACCAACUCCUGGCCAGUCUGGCUGAGGGCUUUGGAGGAGAGGAGCUGCAUUGCUCCUCGGUGGGUCGCCGUCCCCAGCUGGUGAGCAUGAUCCACGGUUAGGAGGGUUCUGCCAAGCGGGCAGAGAUUGGCCUCAGGAUGGGUGGCAGCUGGGGCUUCUGCUUAAAAUGCCCGGGGCUCAUAGAACAAACCAAAAGCCAGAUGCAGGGCAAACCCAGCCUCCACACGGGCACCUGCUGCCAUGCGGAGCCUCUGGCACAGGGAGGUGGGUGCCACUCCCCUCACCUCCCCCUGCCGGCCCUUGGGUGGCCUCUGCCUCGUCCCUUACCCUUCGGGGUACAGAGCCUCUGUGGCUGCACUGGGCCUGGGCGUGGGCUUGGCUUCUGGCCUGGGUGGACGGGCUCCUGGGUCCCCAGGACCCUGAGUGUCCACGUCAGGACAAGGCAUGAGGGGUCUCCCUCUAGGGCCUGCAGGCCCUCCCUCUGCAGCCCCUUUUUCUUGGGCCCCUGGUUGGGGACCUGCGGAGCCACCUGCCCUGGCCCUCCUGUCCCAGGGAUUCCGCCCCCCCACCACCACCACCACCAACCAAGGCUGCCCCCAGCACCUGCCCUCAGGUAACCCAGCAGCCCCGGGAGCUGAUUCUCUGGCUUUGCAGCCACUCACCCCAGCCCCCAUUGCCGAGGGACCUGGCAGUGGAGGUGUGGAUUCUUGGGUCAGGGUCCUGCACCCCACGCAGCCUGUGGUUCUCAGACCCCCAAGAAGGUGGGAAGGGCCACCGUCCAGGAGAGCAGGUGAGAGGCAGGGCGGGGGCUUGUGCAGGCAACCAGGACCCUCACCUUCCUCGUCUCCGUCAUGUCAAGGGGUCCCGCCCAGUGGGUGGCCUUGCCCCUCCCUGCCGUCCCAGGGCCCGUGAACUUGGUCCUGAGUCCACACUGAAGUCUCAGAUCCCAGGGACGUGGUCCCGAGCCUGGGGCAGGAAGGGGCAGUAGUGCAGCAGCCCUUCAUGCAUGGGCAUGGGCGCCAGGGCCAGGAAAACCUCUGGAAGCUUCCGCAGCCCUGUCCAGGAUUCCAAGGGUGGGCUUGGAGGGCAGCCUAUUAGGGUCUCCUUGGGCCCUGGUUCCCACUAACCCCCAACUCCUUUGCACCCAGGGGAGAAAGAAGGGAAGAAGGGAGCCUUGCCAAAGUCUCUGUGACGUUUCUCUGUAAACUUGCUUUUUGGCCUUAAAGAGACCUGGACCCAGAAGGGGUUUCUCCCACGAGUCGCCUGCACAGCCCAGGUGGGCCUCCCCCAGGUGGACAGGGCCCGCGGAAGCCGGCGGCUGGGUCCUGGCCUCUGCUUGCCUGGGGGUGGCAAGGCUGCCCAUGCCCGGGCUUUGUGUCUGUCCCUCCAUCUUGACCCUUCCACGAGGAUCCAUGGCCACCAAGGGUUGCCGAGAUCCCUUCCUCCUGGGGGCCCCGACAGCCUCCCUCUCCCCACCUCUGCAGGUGGAGCUGUCGUGGGCCCCUGCUGCGGGCUUGGGGGUCUGCAGACGCCGUUUCCCGCACUCGCUCCCGGUGGGCUGGUCAUUACUUCCCCUGGGUGGCGGUUGGGUCUCAGGACCCGUAUUGGUUCCUUUUUCUUCCAUCCGUGGGCAUACAUUUGUUUACCCACCCAUCUGUCUGGACAUUUGGGGUGCCUCCAGGUUUUCAGCUGUUACUAAUAAAGCUGCAGUGGACUUUUGUGCACAAGU